AGCUCUGCUGGACAGCGAGGGCCUUAUGGGAGACACGUGUCCGUCAAACCCAUCAAGAGACGUUUCCAUGACAGAUGCAGCGUUCUAUCCUCGAGGGGUGAAAAAGAAUUACAGAACGCAGCAGCCUGCUUCCUUCUCAUCUCUCUAUGUUCGAACAGCUCCAACUGCAACACAACUGUGCAGCAGGAAACCCACAACUUUCAAUGAAACCCCAAAGAUUUCAAGGAAACCCGCAGAUAUAGAUGCAACAAAGUCAGCAACGUGGGAGACCCCUUAUCCAAAAAUACUGCAGGACGGGGCUGUUGAAAAUUUCAGGCCACAGGAGGUUCAGGAGAUAGUCACUUAUGCUGAGCCUCUGUCGCCUCCUAACGAGCAGGAGGCUUGUGUUCCACUGACAUCAGAAGAAGGUGGAGAGGAGGUUGAAACACUGGAGUCUGCCGUCAGUCGUCAGGUUGAGUCGAGCCUCCGCAGCGAGCCGGCCUUCAGUGAUGAAUUUAGUCUCCAUCAGUUUACAGCACCCAACUUUACACCACACCGUGUGACAGAGAAGCCCAGCGAUGUCUCCCCUGAAUCUGAGGAAGAGCCUUUUGAAGGUCCUGCAGAAGAAGAAGCUGCUCCAGCUGAUGCACUGGGAAGGAAAGAAGUGGAGCAUGUGCAGGAGGUGACGGAAGAAGUGCUUGAACCAACCUUUGAAUCCAGGACAAGAGAUCCAGCAUCUGAAUGUGAGGCUGCAGAAAGUGUCUUUAACCAAUUAACCGACGUCAGCGGACAUGAAAACAGCUCAGAUGACAAUGCUGCCGAGAUAAGACAAGACAUCAGCUGUUCUGUGGUGGGAACGAAGGAGACGGAUGUUGAGGAUAAGUUGUUGUACCCUGACGGAGAAGAGAUGGAUACGUGGGACAGUGUUAUCGAGAGGAAGAUUGAUAUGAAGGCAGACGAUGGCAUAAAACAGGAUGAAGCAAUAAGACAACAUGCUGAACCAGAGGACAUAUCAGCAGGAGAACCAGAGCAGGCCAAGAGAGGAAUUAUCCGGGAUGUCACCACAGACGACAACAUGGCUGCUCCAGGGACAGACACACAAGUAGAUGAUGAUGGACAAGAACACGGACCAGCUCCUGACAAUGAAGAAGAUGAUGAAGAGGAGGACUCUCAAAAUGUCUCAGUGUCGUGGAUUCCCGAGCUGGAGAGCGACAGCUACGCUCAGGAUAACACUCUCGCUGACACUCGACCUCUGAUUCGAUACAAAAGCGACGAGACUGACGCCAACACUCAGGCAUCACACAUGGACGAGAGCGAGUCCAGUGAAGGUGAGCAGGAGAAGAGGCUCGGAGAGACGGGGAUUGGAACGUGGAGCGAAGGCAAGUCGAAGAGAUACGGAACUAUGGAGGAUUUGUGCGAGGAAGUGGAAGGGGAAGUAUUGGAUGAGGAGUAUGACCUGGGUUAUACUCAUAUUGAGCAUCAGACAUCGGAGAAAGACACAGAACGUGUAGAAGAAAUGAACAAGGAAGUCAAAGAGAAACAUUCAGACGAAGAGACUGAAGAAUUUACGAAACCCACUGCACCCAUGAGUGUCGAGUACGAUGAGGAGUUAGAGACAGACAGACUUGUGGAGCAGGAGCUAGAGAGCCUGUCGACGGACAGCUUCAGUUCUUACCUUGCACAGCAGCAGGUCAGUGAGAGCGACGAGAUGCUUCCAAAAGAGGCUGGAAAAACAAAAACAGAUGACGCAACUCUCUGUGCAGAAUCUGGAGCAUUUUCAAACACAUUUCUAGAUCACCCAGAUGAGAAGUCGCAUGUCCAACGCAAAGAUGAAGAGGCUGCAACUGUUCCAGAGAAAAGAGAGGAUGAACACAACGUCUCUAUGGUGACACAUCCCGACCUCAUCAACAGGCCUGACAUGGAAGAAAUCAGCAACUCAGAGGAUUCAAACUCAGAGCUUCAGGAAAACCCUGAUGUGAAACCUGCAGAUCCUCAGGAACAUCUGGUUGAGGAUGUUGUCGACUGUCCUUAUGUUCCAGAAACAGGUGAAUGGGAAGUCCUGGAAAACCCAAGCGAGGACUCUGUAAUCAGAGACCACGCUGAUAAAAAACCGGAUAAUGUGCCGGACUCAGCUGAACGUCACCUCCAGGAAGACGGAGGCUCUGGCGAGGGGGUUGUGACCCGUGAAGAGGAGCACCUGGAGAUCUCCCCUGACAGCCUACCUGACGAAAGCGAUAUCUUUGCAGUGGAGGACUCGACCCAACAAUUGAACACAAGCAGAAAAGACAACAAUGUCCCUGGUGUUUUCAGCUCCAGUGUGAAGACAGACUUCUGGGCGUCCUCCUCAGAGACCGGCGCCACCUAUCAACCAGAUGACGCCUGUAUUGAACAAACCAAUCAGAACCUAGAGUUUGGCGAGAACCCAGUUUGGGGCAUGUCGGACAACAGGAACGUGGUAAACGGGAACUCGCUGUCAGCUGAGAAAGAGCAGGAACACAAGUCUGAGGGGAAGCAGGUGCUGAGUAGAAAAGUUGAAGCGGAGUUUGUUCAUUCUGAGGAGUCGGAGGUUGAGGGCGAAUCCUGGUCAUCUGGGGAGGAGCAGGUUUAAGAAGUGGUGAGAAGAUCGAUUUCAACCAGUGUUAAGCUGAGUCUCGAACGCAGCAGGAGAUUCUCUGGUCAGUCGCGUUCACGUUACAGAAAUCUACGAAGCGUUGAGGUGAGGGGCGGAGAUCACGUCUCUUUGUUUGCAGCACAUCCACACCAGCAUCAGUCCGCUGCUCGAAUCUCAUUCUCGUCUUUCCAAGUUGAAAUCUCCUCUUUCUCAUCCUUUUCUAAGAAACAUCAUUUACCUCGCUCACUCACUAUCGCUGAAUCCUCCAGAUAAUCUCCUGCUGUGUUCUCACAUCAGCCCUCAGACAUUUUCCAGACAUUCUGCCGGGGGGGCUGGCGGGAGAAACUCCGGGAUAAUGUCCUGAAAGCAACUGACCUGGACAUUUGUGUUCUCACUUACAGCCGCUCUGGAGAAUGUCAGGAGGAUAUCUGGAGUUGAGUGCAGGUCUGAGCUUAAGUGGAAGGAAAAUUAUGUUUGAUGCGUUUACUAUACAACCAAAAUCGUGCCUUGGUGCGAACCUCAGUGACGCUAACCACCGAUGUGCCAACUGACUGAGCUCCUGUCUUGUUUCCCUAAACUACAAAAGUUUUUCUCGCUGAUUGUUCAGAUUGCUCGGGGGGGUGGAGGGAGGUUGUUUCUGCAUGAGGGGACGGCAUGAGGACAAAGAAGGUCGUUUAAAAGUCAAAGAGUUUAUUGAUCGCUGCCUAAUCUGAUUUUACUGACUGAUGGAAAUCAGUGAGACCAGGAGAGAAGGAUUCUCUUCACAGUGAAUGAAACUAACAGCCAGUGUCUUCUGCUGUGUCACUGGACCAGUGAUCCCCUUUGCAUGAUGUGACGGAGACACUGGUUGGUUGUUUACGAUGUGUUAUUCAAGAUGAUUGUUUGAAGAAGAAAACCAGUUUAACUUUUUACUUCCACCCUUAAAGUUAUUCUUUUUUCUUUUGCUGCGGUACAUUAGAAAUCCAAAAAUAAACUUUAGAUUAUGUGAAACACA